AUGCAUCUUCCACCUGUGCACAGCCUCCUACUGAAAUGUUUAAUUAUUUUCCUUUACCUAAGUGUGUCACCAAAUCCGGGGGUGCAGCUACAAGGUAGAAAAAUAGUAGCGCACAAGGGGCAAUGGCCUGUGCAUGUAAUCAAUCCCAUGAAGGGCGACAUGACACACCAGUUUGGAAAUUUCAAAUUGUUUAGAAAACUGAAUUUUAUUUUUUUUAAAAAUAGCGCAAACAAGUAUGAAAUGAAAAAUUUGGAAAACGUGCCUUUGUUUGUGGUAACCAACGAAUUCGACGACGCAAUUUUGUCCUUCAGCUUGGACUACAACCGGGGCGAGAGGGGGGGGCCAGCGGGGAGACAAGCGGAGGAAGAGAUAGAGAAGCAUGUAGGGGGGCAAAGCAGAGGUGACGCAACGCCUAGCGACACACACCCGGGCGAUAAUGCAACCACGAACGGUGACACAACCACGAACAGUGACGCAUCCCCCAGUGACACUGCUAAUUCAGCGGAACGACCCCCGGCCGCCCACGGGGACAACCAGAGCGACGAUGUAACGCUCGAAAAAAAUGGCCACGAGGGGGAGGACCUGUUUCCCCUAUUAAAAAUUAACCAGAACAAACGGAAAGAAAUCAAUUUAAAAAACAUACACAACAAUAACGCGGUUGGAAUUUUUUUCUUCGAUAUGAAAACUGCAGAAGCGUACAAAGAUGAUAUAUUACACUUAUUUAAUAAAAAUUUAAAAGACAAAAAAAACAAUAAGUUGUUCUUUGGGUCCAAGAUCAAAUUAACAAACUUGAAACAUUUCCUAGAGCUUAAAGACUCCCACAGCAACACAAUUGAUUUUGUCCUAGUACCCCAUUAUGACCAACUCCAACACGUGUUAAAGAAUAAAAAGGUUUUUUAUGGCACCCCGGUGUACUACAUUAAUAAGGUAACUCUACAUAAGUCCUCGAUUAAAAAGGGUUUUUAUGAGCUGUUUUUUUUUCAGAGUUUAAAGAAGGAUGUGCGUGUGGAGUUAUAUCCAAAUGUGUUUCUAACUUACACAUUGGAUGAGUCGAGUGAUGAUAGUGCCUCCCUCACCAUACAGCUAGAAACGCUAGACAAGAAAAAGUACGUACCCAUCUUCUUCUCCUAUGAGCAAGCUAACGAAUUUUAUAAAAUCUUUUUGGAAAAAUUUAAAGGCCAUUUUCACGAAUAUUGUCUUCCUACUCCCCGCAUCAAUUUGAACUCCUUUGAAAAUUUAUUAACUCUGUUAAAAAUGGCUAACGAGAAAAAAGUACAUCCUUUUUAUAAUAUUUUUUUUGUCCCCAUGGGUAGCUCCCCUUAUGAAGAAAAACUGUCUAAACAGAAGACCAACAUUUUCUCCUUUUACACGAAAAAACUUUUCCAGAGAAUAAAUUAUGACUUAUUCAGAUCGUUUAGGAAAAACUUGAAUUAUUUAAUUAAUGAUUAUUUGUACGAUUAG